CUUGUCGUCUGCGUGAAUCACCCGAGCUUUCAGCAAACUACGACGCCUCUACAAAGUUAUUCCUGUCUCUCCCUCUCCCAGACAGUUCGAGUACACUACACAAUGUCCCUGUCCCUUGAGACCACCGACGUCGCUCCCGCUCCGGUCCCUGUCCCCGUGCAAGAUGGCCCAGCUCUCGGCUCCAAGUCGCGGAUGCCCGAGUUCAGCCUGGCUGGGAAGGUGGUCUGUGUCUCCGGAGCCGCCCGCGGAUUGGGGUUGACGCAGGCCGAAGCUCUGCUCGAAGCCGGGGCCAAGGUGUAUGCGCUUGACCGUCUUGAGGAACCCUCCCCCGAGUUCGCCAUCAUCCAGAAACGCGCGCAAGAGGAACUGGGAACGGAGCUACACUACCGUCGCAUUGACGUGCGCGACACGGAACUGCUGAACACCGCCAUCGAGGCUAUCGCCAACACGGAGUGUCGGAUGGAUGGGCUGGUCGCCGCCGCGGGGAUCCAGCAGGAGACCUCUGCAUUGGAGUACACGGCCGAGGACUCGAACCGGAUGUUCGAGGUGAACGUUACAGGGGUGUUCAUGACCGCGCAGGCCGUCGCGAAGCAGAUGAUUCGCUUUGGGAACGGCGGCAGCAUUGCACUGAUUGCCAGUAUGAGUGGUACAAUCGCCAAUCGGGGUCUCAUCUGUCCCGCAUACAAUGCCAGCAAGGCGGCUGUGAUCCAGCUGGGUCGCAACCUCGCCAUGGAGUGGGGGCAGUAUAACAUCCGGGUCAACACGAUUUCCCCGGGAUAUAUCGUGACGGCGAUGGUGGAGCAGCUGUUUGUGCAGUUCCCCGAGCGUCGUGAGGAGUGGCCGAAGCACAACAUGCUGGGCCGACUGUCCACGCCCAACGAAUACCGGGGCGCGGCGGUCUUCCUCCUCAGCGACGCCAGCAGCUUCAUGACGGGCAGCGAUCUGCGCAUCGACGGCGGUCACGCUGCGUGGUAGAUGUCUGUUUUUGGUGCCUGUUUUCUAUGGGUUUCUAGUUGCUGUGUCGCAUGGCGU